UUGAACCUAGAAGCUAUGACGGAGCCAACAGUUAAGUGUGAAAAUUGGCACCGGAAACAAUCCAAAAUGUUUUCUGCAAUCAUUUUUUUAGCUCUCAAUCUGACGCUCCUUGCAAGAUCUGAGCUAGCGGAAAGAACGCUUGUCAGGCCAAGGAUUUAUGGAGGCCAAGAGAAAACCAUCGAACAGCUCGGCGGCUAUGCCGUUCAGAUCUACCUGGGCCAUAGGUUAGUGUGCGGCGGCGGCAUACUCAGCGCCCGUUAUAUUCUCAGCUCGGCACACUGUUUCGAACAAGCGGCUUAUAAAAAAUAUCACGUAAUCGCCGGCCAGACAGUGCCAAGAAAUUAUUUUGCAACAGAGAGCAUGAAAAAUUUAGUGCUUAAGUUGAAGAUACAUCCGUACUAUCAGAAAACCAAGUUCGUUGCGGACAUCGCUGUGGUGGCGGUAAGUGCGCCCCUUCGGGGACCCAAUGUGCACUACUUGCCCCUCUGCUCGGUAAAGCCAUCAGCAGGCAAUGUGGCCACAGUGUCUGGCUGGGGCAACAGCGAAUAUUCCCUGCAGAACAAUCCGCUGCGUGUUAUGGAGGUGCCCAUCAUCUCUGAGAGCGAAUGCAACCAGAAGAUGGAACGCCAGAUGCCCAACAAUGUGCUCUGCGCCGGCGGCUACAACAGGCGCACAAUCUGCAGCGGCGACUCCGGCGGGCCGCUGGUCAUCAACGGCGAACUGUGCGGCAUCAGCACCUGGACGUGGGAGUGCGGCAACAACGAGAUGCCCGAUGUCUAUAUGAGCGCCUACUUUUAUCGGGACUUCAUAGAAAAGGCCAUGGCGAAUUGACACAAAAGCUAAAUGGAGAACGGAACACUUGAUUUUUGGAACAAUUCUUAACCGGCAAAUGUUGACUUCAAAUAUUUUAUAAUAAAUGAUUUCUUUAAAGUUUCAUUCCUUAA